AUGGCAAAUAACCUGGGAGCUGUUGCUCAGCUGUUGGAGGCCAGCUUGGAUCCCAGGCAGAACAAGCAAGCCGAACUCGCACUCCGCCAAGAAGAAAAAAAGCCAGGGUUUUCAUUAUUCCUUCUCCAGAUCACAGCCUCCGCAGACUAUCCAUACAACACCCGGCUCGCAAGUGCUCUAUGUUUUAAGAAUUUGAUUCGGAGAAGCUGGGUUGAUGAGGAUGGAAACCACAAGCUACCACAAGAUGAGGUUGUCACAAUCAAGCGGGAGUUGAUCAAUUUGAUGAUCAAUGUCCCUGGCGGCAUCCAGACUCAACUCGGAGAAGCAGUCAGUGUGAUUGCGGACAGCGACUUCUGGGAGCGAUGGGAUACACUCGUGGCUGAUUUGGUGUCAAGAUUAGACCCUAAGAAUCCGGUCGUCAACAACGGAGUCCUCACCGUAGCACACUCAAUUUUUCGGCGAUGGCGCCCUCUCUUCCGAUCAGACGAUCUGUUCACCGAGAUUAACCAUGUGCUGAACACUUUUGCCACACCAUACUUAGCAUUGUUUGAGGGGCUGGACUCAUUUAUCGAGGAGAAUAAAUCCAACAAAGAAGCUUUAUCCCAGGGAUUCACUCAGCUCAAUCUCAUGAUCAAACUCUUGUAUGACUUGAAUUGUCAAGAUCUAGCGCCAAUGGUUGAGAACAAUGACCAAUCUAUUGCCAACCUGCUUCUGAAAUAUCUACUUUAUGACAACCAAUUACUUCAUACGGACGACGAGAGCGAAGCGGGACCUUUGGAAUUUGUCAAAGCCGGCAUCUUUGAAGCGUUAACCCUAUUUGUCCAAAAGUAUAGUGACGUCUUUGAGCGCUAUGUCGGGCAGUUUGUGGAGAAUUCUUGGAACUUAUUGACUACUGUCGGCCAAGAGACAAAAUAUGACAUCUUGAUCAGCAAGGCACUCCAGUUUCUGACAUCGACUACAAGUAUGCCCGAGCAUGCCAAGAUCUUCCAGGACCAAGGGACUCUUAGUCAAGUCAUUGAAAAGGUAAUCUUGCCAAAUAUUGCGCUGCGGGAGUCGGAUGAAGAGCUCUUCGAGGAUGAGCCCAUUGAGUUUAUCCGUCGUGAUUUGGAGGGCUCGGACAGCGACACAAGACGUCGUGCAGCGACGGAUUUUGUACGACAAUUGGCAAACAAGUUUGAGGAGUCGGUCACCAGUGUGGUCUCUCAGUACACUGACCAUUACCUUGGAGAGUACGCCAAAAAUCCCGCAUCAAACUGGAAGUCAAAGGACACUGCGACAUAUCUGUUCUCUGCGAUCGCCGCCAAAGGUGCAGCAACCGCUUCCCAUGGCAUUACGACAGUCAAUAAACUCGUGGAUAUUGCGGAUUUCUUCCAAAAGCAUCUUGCAGCUGACUUGGUGGCCGAUGGUGGAGUGCACCCAAUUUUGAAAGUUGACGCUAUAAAAUAUCUCUAUUUGUUCCGGAGCAUCAUAACGCCGCAGCAGUGGCAAGAAGUAUUUCCUCUGCUUGUUAAGCACUUGGGCUCUGAUAAUUACGUGGUGUACACGUACGCAGCUAUUGCCGUUGAGCGAGUGCUUGCUUUCCAUGACUCCGCCGGACAGCCUAUAAUCUCACCGGCCAACAUCACACCUUUGGCGAAGGAGCUGUUGGAGCAUCUAUUCCACCUCGUUGAAAAGGAACCGUCGCCAGCGAAGGUGCAAGAGAACGAAUUUUUGAUGAAAUGUGUCAUGAGGGUUUUGAUUGUCAUCAAAGAAGGUGUUGUUCCACAUACGGAUGCGGUCCUAGAGCACCUUGUCAAAAUCACGAGAAUCAUCAGUGCUAAUCCUAGCAAUCCGCGUUUCUAUUAUUAUCAUUUUGAGUCGAUUGGUGCCUUUAUUAGAUUUUCUGCUCCUGCCAAUCCCGAGAAAUUGGAGCAAAGUCUCUAUUCACCCUUUGCUGAGGUACUUCAGGCGGAUGUUCAAGAAUUUAUGCCUUACGUCUUUCAACUCUUUGCUGCACUUCUCGAGGCGAACCCAUCGGCAACCUUGCCAGAAUACUAUCAAAGCCUGAUUGCGCCUAUCCUCAUGCCGGUUAUGUGGGAGUCCAAGGGCAAUGUUCCUGCAUUGGUUCGAUUACUAUCUGCCAUCAUUCCGCGCGGCGCACAGUUUAUUUUGCAAAACAACCAGGUCGAGCCCAUACUGGGAAUUUUUCAAAAGUUGCUCUCGACCAAAGCCAACGAGAGCCACGGAUUCGAUCUUUUGGAAAGUGUUAUUGGAAGUUUUCCAUCCAACACUCUGGAGCAGUAUUUUGUUUCCAUCAUGCAGAUUAUCUUGACACGUCUGCAACACUCCAAGACCGAAACUCUUCAACUGCGAUUCGUUCGCUUCUACCACUUUGUUUCGGCUCGGGAUGACCAAGGCUACAGUGCUGACUUUUUUAUCCAAGUCACGGACAAAGUUCAAGCUGAGCUAUUUACACCCAUCUAUCUCAAUGUCAUCCUGCCUGAAUCCCAGAAACUAGCUAGGCCGUUGGACCGCAAGACAGCGGUUGUUUCCUUCACAAAAACGCUGGCAAACUCGGAAGCUUUCGCACAACGGUACAAGAAAGGUUGGGGCUUCACAUGUGAAGCUCUGCUCAAAUUGUUGGAGCUGCCGCCUCUGCCGACUACACGAGACGAUGUGAUCACAGAACACGACGUCGACGACAUGGCAUUUGGAGUGGGAUUUACGCAACUGAACACAGUUCGGCCGCGCCAAAAAGAUCCGUGGCCAGAUACCGGGGCCGACCUCAAAGUGUGGGCAGGAAAGUAUUUGAAGGAGGCCAACUCGAAGCAGGGUGGUCGGGUUAAUGGGUUCAUUCAAGAACGACUGUCGCCUGAACUGCAAAAGAUCCUUGCUGGUUACAUGGCGUAG